AAGCGGAAAAUUCAAUACAAUAUCGACCGUAAGAGAUCUCUCUAAUCGUGAAAAUAUAUUUAAUAAUCGAAUAAAUAAAUAUAACAAUGAAUAAAAAGUAGGUAAAUAAAGUACAAUAUAUAUGAAAAAGUUAAGAAAAUAUAUGUUAAAACGAACUACUUUUUUUGUACUUUCGAGAUAUGCGAGAAUUGUAUCGAGGUACAAAUACAUAGUGUGCAUCUAUUCGUAUUUUGUCAGUAGCAACGGUUAGCAACGAGCACUGACGACGCUUCGUUUCGGAAAGAGAAUGUGGAUGUUCAAAGAGGAAUAUAACGAAACAAAAGAAAAUUUAAAUAUCUCUAAGAUGCGUCCUGAUUCGCGUAGCGUCUCGUUCACGUUCCAUCGUGAAGUUUUAAGUGUCAGAAAUUCACCGGAAUUGAUACGUACUUCCAAAAAUUUAAGACAACGUCUUCAAGAUCGUUUCGACAAAGAAAAAUCUAAUGAGUCUUCCAAACAGAAAGCUACUAAAGAGAAAGAUAUCACGGAACGUGGUUGGAACAAUUUGAGUCUUGGAAAUGUAUCUGCUGAUUCUAGACGUGCUCUACGAAAUGGAGCAGAAAAAUUAUCCAAAACCAUAUCAACAGUAAGAACAACGUUUGGUACAAUUUCACAGAAAUUUAGAAGCUCAACACGAAGACGUCAGAGAUUGGAAGAACAACAGUCUCCUGGCAGCAAUAAUAAAAUACAAACUCCUCAAUCACGCUCACGUCAAUUAUUAGGACGUACACCAACUAAAUUAUACAGUCCUUUUGGUAUUGAAUCUCCUAAGCGUGGUUGGAAUAAAGAGAAUGAUGUUACGACGGUACAAGAGUCACCAGAAAAUCAUUCACGUCAAAUACAAUGCAGGCCCUUCAGCUUUGUAAGAGCCAAAGGAUUCUCUGUGCUAAGAUAAAGCAUUAUUUUUGGGGCUCUUGUGUUAUAAUUUCUUUGUCUUCUAAGAAAUACAUCAAGAAACGCACAUUUAGUACAACUAAGCACUUAAUUUAUUUUAUUCUAAUGAAUAACGAUGCAGCUAUUUAUCUAUUCUAUCAUUAUGCUAAUAAUCAUUUUACAAUGGGAAUUAAUAUUAUUUAAUACCUAUUCAAACAUGUUCAUUAUUUUCAUCCUUUUAUUCUGAGAUAUUUUAUAGAAGAAUAUUUCUACUUUUUUAUAUGUAUUUAUAAUGAUUACGCUUGCAAUGUGAGAUAAAAAUAGAAAUAGAUUGCAAUCUUUUUAUUAAAAUAACAUUUAUUAAUCACAAUCUCCUUAAAAUUAAGUUAUUUAAAUGGAUCAUUAAGAUCAAAAUUUACAUCUGGUACAAAUAUUCAUCUGUUUUUAAUGUUUUCAACAUUUUGCCAUUAUUUUCAUUUUAUAGAAAGCAAAUUCAUUUAACCAUAACAUCAAGAUAUAAGAAUUUGUAAAUCACAUGAACAAAAAUCACAAUCAGUUUGUAUUUGUGACACUAAUAAGCACUUAAUACAAAUGUUCUAUAUGUAUGAACAUAGAACACUUGUUAGAUUGAUUCAAAUAAA